AUGGCCAUGCAGUGCGACACCCCGGACCCUCCCUACCCCAGCACCGACCUCAAACCUCGGCACAAGGGUCUCCCGGAGCAUGCACACCGCAACGGCGCCCACCCCAGCCGACCACGGGGUCCGCUCGGCUACGGCACCGCUGCACGGGGCAAGACGCUGCCGUCCCCGGCGUCCCCCGGCAACGGCGCCGCCGGGCUGGAGCCUUGGCAGCGCGACCUCCUCCGCGGCCUGACCCUGGAGAUCCUGGCCAUGGAGGAGAGCGUGCCGUGGGGCCUGGUGCGGCGCUACUGGCGCACCAAGCGCACCGGCUGGCGCCGCGCCCUGCGUGUCGCCGAGGGGCCUGCCGACCUGGUGGCACGGCUCAGGGAGCUGCGCGCGGCGCUGCUGGCCGACGACGCCGCGCUGGCCACCUGCGGCGAGGCGUGGCAGGCGGAGCUGGACGCCUGCGCUGGCCUGCCGGACGGGCUGGAGCGCGUGGCGGGCGCCUGGGACGAGCUGCGCGCCUGCCUGCCGGUGGAGGCCAUCCUGUGCCACGACGCCGGCGCGCUGGGCGCGCUGGGGGCCGCCCUGGAGGCGCAGCGCGCCAGGAAGCCCGAGGAACCCGGCCUCGCUUCGGGGCUGGAGAGCGGGGAGGACGGGGACGCCACCGACCUGGACCCCUGCUUCGACUGA